AUGUCUCCAAUUCCCCUUGGCAAGUAUAUCCGGCGUUACAAGAAUUUCUUCAAGACAAUCAAUUUCCAAAAGGCAGUUCUGCUUCUUGGUAAACCUGGAAAACACAAAUUAGAUACCAUCACCGCUAUCCUUCAAGAUUUCCCUCAACGCAAAUUUAUUCUUGUUGGUGACUCUGGUGAAAUUGAUCCUGAAAUAUAUUCCAAAAUUUACCAUCAAUUUCCUGAUCAAGUUAUCAAAAUAUUCAUUCAUGAUGUUACCAGUGAACGUGCUAUGCAUGCUGAUCGACAAGCAGCUUCUCGAUCAGAUUCAUUUUAUGAUGGUAUCAAAAAGUUCAUGGCAGGUGACCCAACAUCAUCAUCGUCAUCUUCAACAGCAUGGUCAUCAUCAUCACAAUCUCCAACAAAACCAACACGAGUCAACACAUCAUCAGAGAAGGCUAUAGAUGCAAUGCUUGCUUCUGAAGUACCUAUGGAACAACAACAAGUCAUGGAUCCAACUAUCUCUCUCAAGACUAAAUUGGAACAAUUUGAACAACGAAUGUAUAGAGUCUCUUCUGGUAUGCGACAUGGUGUAUUUUCCGUCUUUUCUUUGGCAUCGCAACUUUUAUUGGUAAACAAAUAA